AUGUUUGGGCCAAUUUUAUACAUCGAGAUGACCAACAAAUCAAAGAAGAAGAACUCUCCAACGGGUCGAAUGUCUACCGGGACUUCUCCGAGCGACCUGAAGCCAGGUCCUAAUCAACCACAAGCUGCUAGUCUACCAUUGCACCACCCCCCUCUACCUACCGGUCCACCGCCUCCCCAACCACCUCUUCAAAAUCCUACUGAGCCGCUCAACGCUACCUACUUCAAGAUCCAAACGCUACCGGACAUCUUACAUUCAUUCCUUGAUCACGAUUAUGAAGAAAAGAAGGAAUCUUACAAGAAUAUAGACUACUACCGAAUUUUGUCACACUUCAAUCCGGCAACAUUGUCUCGUCCAAACCACAGGAAGGAUAAGUUGAUAGCAGACUUUAUCAAGAAUGUUCUACCUCUCAUCAAGCCAUACCAACUACCUCCACCUCCGUUACCAAUGCAGACUGAACAAUCGACUCGAAAGGACUUCAAUCCACUUUCUAAAAGGGCUAAACGAGAAGAUCUUAUGAGUGUUAUUUGGGACUCAGAUUCAUCAGUUGUUAUACCCAAGGCAGCAACUAGUAAUGGCCUACUUUAUUUGUAUAAAGAGCAUGUCAACAAAGAUCUCCAGAUCCCUGGCGAUACCCCAUUCAUCAAACCUCCCAAUGUCGUUCGACGCGCGGAAGUCAAAACUCUUCUCAUGGAAGAGCUUCGACUAACCUUACAAGAUCAGGCUCCCCACGUCUUCAUUCACUCGAUCCCGAUGAGUCACACCGUUCUUGUCAACCUCUACAUUAAAUUUGUUCUUGAUGAAACAGUUCCACCUGGGCUCUUGGUCCGUGGGUUUCAUUACUCGCUUUUGCGCGAAAAUGCCUGA